CACAACACAACUUCUAUCCUUCAACCAAUUAAUAAUAAUUUCAAAUCUCUCUCUUUCUCUCUUAGAAUAAAAGAAAACUCACUAAAAAUAUGAAAGAACCAUCUAAAUUCCAUCUCUCAUCUCUCUUCUUUCUUCUCUUUGUACUCACAUCUUCCUCCACCGUCAGCUGCGGCGCUACUCCCCGGAAACUUCUCAAUUUCCCUGACAUGUCUUGGGGUUCACCCAGUGGAGGAGGUGGUGGUGGGAAUGGGAACCCCACUGGGGCCUAUGGCUCCGGCCAUGGUCCUAAUUGGGACUACAAUUGGGGUUGGGGUUCAAGCCCUGGGAGCGGUUGGGGUUUCGGUUCCGGUUCGGGCCGCUCUCCAACCGGGUUUGGAAAAGGUUAUGGAUAUGGAUUUGGGUCGGGAUCUGGGUCCGGGUCGGGAUAUGGGUAUGGAAGUGGGAGUGGUGGUGCUCAUGGUGGUGGAUAUGGGUCUGGAAGUGGCUACGGUAACUCCGGCGGUGGCGGUAGUGGUGGCGGAUACGGCGGUCCGAGUGGUGAUGAGUAUCGAUCGCCAAUGACUACAAGGGACAAGAACAGGCAAGGGUAGAAAAAAUGUAUGUGAAUGAAUAUAUGUUAUAAAGUGUAGUGAUAUAUGGUGAUAAAAAGGUGAGAAUAUAUAUGGUUAGCCCUAGCAAGCUAGCUCGCUUUUAAUUAUAAUAUAUAUGGUUUGUAAGCUUUGUUUAAAGUUUUCCCAUAUAUAUGAGACUCAGCCUUAUAAUCAUAUAUUAUAGUGUGUAGUAUUAUAUAACUUUAUAAUGAGACUAAAAUAUAUUUUCCAAUUUUC